UUCUCUGUACAAUUCGUGAUCAUGGAGUCACUUCUGAAAAACCUCAAAGAGCAUGUAACAUGUUCGAUUUGUUCGGAUACUUACACGAAACCGAAGACCAUUGCUUGUCUUCAUACGUUCUGUUGUGAAUGCCUAGAGAGACAUGCACUAGCGAGACAAAACCAAGGUGUUUAUCCAUGCCCUGUGUGUCAGGCACAAAUUCGCAUCCCUGAAGGAAAUCACUUUGAUGAUCUGCCAAGCAGUUUUCUGCACAACAGUUUGUUGAGUCUUCUUGCUGUUCGACGCGGUGGCGAAGGAAGCGAGAUCAGCUGUAGUACAUGCCAGAAGAAGAGCGCUGAGAUCAACUACUGUUUUGAUUGUGAGAAGUUUAUGUGCCCCGACUGUGUGAAAGCACACGAAGUGUUUCGAGAAACUAUGUUUGAGGGACACAAAGUCACACCAGUGCAAAAGUUUCAAGCUACAGACUACGAGGCUUUGUUCAAACGGCAGUCAUUUUGCUCAGAGAAUUACCACAAAAAAGAUGUGAUUCGUUUUUAUUGCGUGGACUGUCAGAGGUGUAUAUGUCAAGUUUGCAUUGUCACAGAUCACAAAAGCCACGACGUUGUUCCGCUUGAAAAGGCAGCGGACGAUGAAAAAGCAAGCAUCAUUGCCAGAGUACAGCUGGUCAAAGGGAAGAAAGAGGCUUGCCGAGGUGUUAUUCGUGAAUUUGAGAAGACGGAACUUGAGUUGGAAACGAACAUUACCACAGCUAAACGCCAAGUCUCUCAAGUAACCGAACAGAUGAUGGGAAAGCUUCGUCAACUGGAGCGUGAAGCCAUUUCUGCCCUCGAGAAGACUCGCGUGUCAAGGAUGGAGAAAUUACAUUCUGGAAAAGCAUUGGUUGUCUCUUUGGAAAAGCAACUUGACCAAGCAUUUGAGUUCAGUAACAACCUGGUUGAAAGAGGCUCAAGUUCAGACAUAAUGCAAAACAAGAAAAAUGUAGAAGAACGAACCGAAGACCUCAUCGAGACCACAAUGCCUGUACUUCUGGUUAACUCGAGUGUGGAGUUUGUGUCGACAUGUGAACCAGAGAGUUUGAGUCUGGGAUUUACGAAAUUCGGCGAAACAGAUGUGCAAGGAUCGACCGUUGAAGGACUGGAUCAGAAUUUUCAAGCUGGUAUAGAGGCAGAGCUACUAAUUUGUCCCAAAACAAGCGAAGGAGAAAUCAGAAACACUCGGCACACAGAUCGUGUUGAAAUACACUUGGACCCUGCGGAUCAGGUGAGGAGUUUGGCGACGAGUGAGAAAGAAGAUGGAAAUUUCCAAGCAAAAUUUGUAGCGAAAGUACCAGGUACUUAUAAAAUGAAAGUGAAGAUAAAUGGACAGAAACUUGCCAAGAGUCCAUUUUCUAUUCUGGUAAAAGUACGAGAGUUAAAUGUUGUAGGCAAGUUGGACUUUCAGAGAGAAAUGCUCCAAGGUCCUGCCGGCAUUGCAGUGAACAGUUAUGGUGUUACUGCUGUGGCUGAUCUUAAAGGUCACUGUAUCCUGGUAUUUGAUGAUACAGGAAAAUUUGUGCGAAAACUAGGUUCUUAUGGAGACAAGGAUGGACAACUAAACACACCAAUAGGCGUCACAUUCCUAAACGAUGAUGAGAUUCUGGUGGCAGAUGAAUGUAAUCACCGAAUACAGCAGUUGAAUGUACAUACAGGGAACUUUGUGAAAAGCUUUGGAAAAAAGGGAAGUGGAGAUGGAGAGUUAAAGAAUCCUGCAAGUGUUUGUGUUACAAGUGAUGGACGUUUCAUCGUUGUAGCGGAGUACGAGAACAGCAGGAUUAAGGUUUUUACAAUGGACGGUGAACCUGUGUUUAAGUUUGGAGACAGCGGUCCUGAAAGACUAGAUCAUCCUCUCAGCUGCGUUUGUUAUGAGGAAAAGUUCGUUGUAACUGAUCUCUAUAAUAACUGCGUGGAAGUGUUUGAUGAGAAAGGACAGUUUUUGUACAAGUUUGGAGAAAAAGGAAACGGUGAUGGACAGUUGAAUCAGCCGUUUGGCAUAUGUGUUGACAAACAUAACGUUUUCUUAUGUGAGAGGGGGAAUAAUCGCAUUCAACAGUUUACGUUGGAAGGAACUUUCAUUGGAAAGACAAAUACUAAUAUUCAAUUUAAAGCGCCGUGGAGUGUUACCCCAAUGCUAGAUGAUCGGAUUUUGGUCACAGACUUCAAAGGGAAAGAAGUUUACAUUCUGAAUUGA